AAUGGACCACGUCAAUCCCGCAUGUAGGUAACCUGUAGCCUGGUACACUGGCAAACUGCAUACCAGAAGUAUUACCUAUAAGAUCAAGGACUUGCAAAGUUGACAAUGGCGAAUCGUCGGUCGAAGAAGGGAAACAAGCCCAAGCAGAACUCUCAGACAGCGCCGACGCCAUGUCCAGUGCUUCUAGAAGCUCCUCUCGCUCCGACAAUGCCAAACUCUGCUCGGUCAGUUCAGGACGAUAUUCAUGACGCGGUGUGCUUGCUUGCACUUGUUCGACAGCGAGGACCGGAUAUUGGUGUAGGUAAUCAGAACAAUGACCAGGGUCAAGAGGGGGUAGCAUACUCGGACUCUGCCUCUGACGUUACCGGUGGAAGCAACGACGAUGGAUGCGAUCAACUAUACUCAAGUAGCCCAGAUCAUCACGACGGGCAGCAUUUAGAUGCCCUGCGAAACAAACUAUUGGACCGUUUGGCGGAAGUUCUCGCUAGGUAUAAGAAGAGCAACCAUGCAUCCGGAUCGUGCGAUUCGAAGCAUGUAGCCAGCACCAUGAUGGUACUUGACCAGGACAAAGAGGGUGUCAAUAUCGUGUGUUCUAAGAAUGAGGGUCUUGAUCAAACAGACCUUGCUUUUCUGCGUGACUGGACCAAGCUGAUGAUGGAGAUUUCGCAAACAGGCAAAGCGUCAUCUUCCCAUAGAACCCGAAUGUCGACUCUAGUUGUAGAGCAUCAACGGCCGCGGAUAGAAACAUAUGUAAACUGGUUGCGAGCCGGCUCGCAAGCGCAUAUGGUGAACACUCGAACACCUUCAAGUUCUGAUGUGUCAAGACACGACCUCACUUCAGACAGGCUAGAUGCCCACUCAAGGAUGUAUUCAGCUCCUGAUCCUAGACUGUGGACAGACGACCAUGGUCUCCAGUAUGACAUACGCUGCAUCUACAAUCCUUCCAAGCCUGGCCCUUCGCUUGCCGCCGCGUCAGGAGAAAGCUUACGGGAUAUUGACAAAACAUUGACCGAAUUCUUCGCUGACAUCGAGUUGAUGAAAAAUGCUACUCAGAGUGCGAGAUCGAACAAACUGAACGCUAAGGUGUCCCAGACAGCUCUGCAGUUGUGGGCAGGAGCUCGAAAACGUGCCUCUCUUUUGGCACGACUUAGAAAAACUUUCAGCAAUGACAAAGUUCGAAGCCAAAUAUUGAAGGCUAUAUGCUCGUUGGCCAAAGUCGCUCACGCCGUUGAUAGUUUUCUGCUAGGAGCAGAAGUCUUGGUAGAAUUUCGAAAUACGACUUAUGUGGCUGUUGACGCACGACCAGUUGAGCUCUCUGACCUGCUUACGAAAAGGGCAGUACCAUCUACUCUGCAAUUGACAGAGCGACUAGGGAUACCAGUACGCCGUUCUGAUUGGAAGUCAAAACUUGAACACAAAGAGGCGAAUCUUGCUCGGAUUUGGAAACAGCGGUUGAAGCACCGCCACGUUCACGCGGAAUUACAAAUCUUACACUUUAGCGAGUCAAAAGCCAUGAAGGCCACCCAAAGAGUGCAUAAGUAUAUAGGUUGCAGUAAACGAUGUUGUUUCCUAUGCGACCACCUUCGUUUGGCUCAUGGACAGUUUCGCGUCCGGGGUACUCAUAAGACUAUCAUACAUCGAUGGCAUAUACCAUACCGAGCAAGCGACGAAACUAUACAUAUGAAUCAGAACACUCUGAAAAAUUUCUUCGGGCUAUUAAAAUUUGAGCUUCAGACAGUUUUCGAUGGCCGUGUUGUCGGGCCAGAGCAGUCAAUAGCACAGUCGUCUUUGGCUCUAUCAACAGCGCAACUAAACUCGGAGGAAGAAGAACGGGUUUCGAUGGAAGAAUGUCAUCGAGACAUAGAUGCAAUCUUAGGCGGCUGCGCAGUGUUUAGUGUGGACAACAUUUCCUACAUGCCCAUACAUGGUAAACCUGGGUUUGCUUACGUUAUGGGCGGACCACAUCGGAAUAAUAAAAUGAUGGCUAUAGAGGAAGCUGAGUUGCUCAAGACGAAUUCCAUUCGUGCGAAGCUGGGUCUUGAGAAGCUUGGGUUCUCCGAAUCGAGGACACCAUCACCUCUAUUCCGAACGUGCAGGCUUUGUCAGAAACAGAGUAGCUUUCGCUGCAGUCGCUGCCGAGCCCCUUAUUGUUCACUCCAGUGCCAGAGAAGACACUGGAGGCUUCAUGUGUUCCACUGCUCUGUCAAAGAUCGACCUAACCCAUUCGAUCAUCUUUGGCUUCUGGUUCGCCUGUGGCCAUCCGUUGCGCAAGAGUCAUCUUCUCGCACGAAAUUGAUCGAAGCUCUCUUUGCCGAUGAUGACCUAUGCAGAACGUUUGGAUUUGUCAACUGCGAGUCAACGGAAGAUAUAGUCAAUCUUUUGUGCAUCUACGGGCGGCUGAUCAGGGCAACAAAAUCUCAACGCCUUCAGUAUUUUCUCGGACCAGGCAUGUUGGAAAAAAACAUCUCCAAUUUCGUCGAAAUAGAAUCGACCUCCUCGAACAACACCAAAGCAUGUAGAUGCGUGCAGUGGUAUAUCGAGCGGCAUAGAGAGGGCUUCAAUAUUCCUGACUACGAGAGUAAAUAUCAAGGUUGGUGGCAUGGGGUUGAAAUAACCCAUUUUAUGUUUCAAAUUGACGACGAGAGACUUUCCACUUUAUCAGACACAGAGUCUCAACUAACUCAACUCUACUAUAUCCUCUUUCGCGAUCAUGGAUAUCGAAUCACUCCGCACCAGGGAUCUUUAUGGAUGAAGUUCGGAUUCUGCUUUUGCAAGUCAGAAGAGCAGAACGAGACUCUCGCUGAAGCGUAUAUGCAGCUUGUAGUCCGCGAAGUAUCGCUCAAAGACAUCACCAAAGCUUAUGACAACGACAAGCUUCUCGACUUGAUGAGCGUGAACGGAUUUGACAUCUCCAAAUUAGUUCAGAGCAGAGUCCAACCGCGAGCCCCAUCUUUUGAAGAGUCGGGAGUCUAUCAUCUGAUGAUCGAAGUCAGCCAUGCUCUUUCUGGGGGGUUUUGCCGCUGUUUUCAACCGUUAUGUCGUAAUCAUAGCAGAUACGAGACCAUCCUGAGCAGAGAGAGUGAAGUUGUAUACGGAUUCUUGGGCACAAGCGCCUGGGAGCGAUGGCAGCUCUUGAACUUCUAUGCCUAUGUAUUCAAACAGCCGGACUUUGAUGCCAGAGCCAUGCAGGCGGCGACACGCCGCAGAGACCAACCAGCUCACCUCGAUGCCCUCACGUCCAGUGCCGACCCGGAUACGGUCCACAAAGCAAGACAGACUGGGGGUCUGUCUGCAUAUCUCAGAACGAUCGUCCCAGACUUUGAGCGCAAGAUUGGCAAUCCGCUCUUCGCUGGUGCGCUAUUUCCGAAGCUUGGCUCCUGCGUCAGUUACCCAGAGGGCCGAGGAGUACCAGACAACUGCAUGGACCACGAACUCAUCAUAUCCGAAGGGCUGAGCGGUCCGCUCGCAUGUCGCAGCUUCGAAAACAGCAGAAAUGAGGAUGCUGAGAGCGGGAUGGAUUCGUCGGACUGAUGUUACAUUUUUAACAAGCGGGGUAUAUUCUGGGAAUGGUUAGCGGUGAUGAGAGGGAUCGUUGUAGAGGGGUGGAGAAGAAUGUGUUAUUUUUAUGGGUCGAGUGAGGUGUAAGGAAGGUGUUGUAGUGUUAUAUGAUGAUAUACCCAUGCCCAUGCCCAUGCCCAUGAUGUGUUUUUGAAGCUUGGGCUAUAACAAGAUCGGUAGGUAGGCGGAGUUUCAUUUGGACUUAAUAAGAGGUGAUGAUAAUGAACGUGUGUCUGAGACGCACCCAGCAGC